AUGGAUCCUGAUGACAGGGAUCCUGAUGACAGGGAUCCUGAUGACAGGGAUCCUGAUGACAUGGAUCCUGAUGACAUGGAUCCUGAUGACAGGGAUCCUGAUGACAUGGAUCCUGAUGACAUGGAUCCUGAUGACAGGGAUCCUGAUGACAGGGAUCCUGAUGACAUGGAUCCUGAUGACAGGGAUCCUGAUGACAGGGAUCCUGAUGACAUGGAUCCUGAUGACAUGGAUCCUGAUGACAUGAUGACAGGGAUCCUGAUGACAUGGAUCCUGAUGACAGGGAUCCUGAUGACAUGGAUCCUGAUGACAGGGAUCCUGAUGACAGGGAUCCUGAUGACAGGGAUCCUGAUGACAGGGAUCCUGAUGACAGGGAUCCUGAUGCAGGAGUAG